CUUUAUUAUGUACUGUAAUACUCCAGAUAGAUACACCCUGCAACAUCUCUGAGGAGAGGCUCUAUGUGGCUCACUUCCCAUUAUCAUCUUUAAAAACACACAGCUGCUACAAUAGACUGCAGUGUGGAGGGGUGUCUCGCUUUGAUCUUUAAAUACCCUCUAACGUUAAGGCACACUCGUUGGCUUUGAUUUUUUUCCCUUCCUUUUACAACUGAUGGGCAAAAUGCAGACGCUCCCUUGAAUCUCUCCCUGUGUAGCUGUAGUACAGCAGAGAAUGCGAGAACACCUACCCUCUCUUUUUAUUUUUUUCUUCCUCCAACACCACCACCAUCUGUCCCUUUCUUCCAUUUCAUGUGCUCAAGCAAAAUCCACACCCCUCUCAUAGCAACAGCACGCUGCCGCCACCCCCCGCGCCUUGCAGUGAAUUUUUCUUCCCCUGGAUCUUCGCCUCGCACCAUGUAGACGGUCCCUGAGCCCUGCCUGACGGUUCAGUGUUCCCCCCUCCCCCACCAGCCGCGCUCCUGUUUCACUCAAAGAUGGCGUCGGCUCUAGAGCCCCUGGUCUCAGGCUGCAUUUUUAGGCUUGUUGUUGUCUCCGUUUCGCACCGUUUUGGCACGUUCUCCUCGGCAGCUCGACACGAAAUUCCGGGUUUGUCAGCUAUUGAAGUGCAAUAGGCAUGAAGGUGAUCAGCUCUGGCUGCUCCCUGGAGUGAGAUGUCUGUUCUGUCCCAGAGCUGAGAAGCCCAGACUGCUGGAAGAGUGAGAGAGAACGAGAGAACGUGGAUGCAGAGGAAAAGUCUCAUCUGGUGGAAUCCUAUAGUCCUCAGAAAACAUACUUACUGUAUUGCCCUCAUCUUUAUCAUUGAAAGACUAGUUUAAUGUCCUGGAGACCGUGAUCAUCUUUUACAGUUCACACUGAUAAUCGGCUGUUUGCUAAUGCGAUAGGCAAAGUGGACAACACCAUAUUUUUCUGAAAGCCCCGGUUGUCAAGAUCUACUCUACCAUACCUUGGGUGCUGUGGGAGUUUAAGUUGCUAAUAGACCUGCUACUUCCCCCACUCCCCCUGCUUCUCACCAGGGACCUUUGCCUGGCUGGGAGUGGGUGGUGGGUGGACAAUAUUUUACCAGGUUGCGGGUUGACUUGGGGUUUAUGCUAUGGUCAGCUGCUCCCUACCGUGCUGCUCAUACUUGGCUUCUGUGAGACUCUCUGUGCGACCCCAGGACAAGGGAUAGUAAGCAGGCAGAGGGCAAAGAGAAAAAGGAGGAGGUGGCGGCGCUACGGCGCAGGCCAGGUGUUGGCUACAGUCCCUGUUUUUUUCUGCAGGCAUUGCCCCUGCACCCACCCAGACCGCAACCAUGGUGAAACUGGCAAACCCAAUGUACACCCAAUGGAUCCUAGAGGCAAUCAAGAAGGUGAAGAAACAGAAGCAGCGACCAUCAGAGGAGCGCAUUUGCAAUGCUGUCUCCAUGUCCCAUGGCCUAGACCGCAAAACAGUUCUGGAGCAGCUAGAGCUCAGUGUCAAGGAUGGUACCAUUCUUAAGGUCACUAACAAAGGUCUCAACUCUUACAAGGACCCUGAUAACCCUGGGCGCUUGGCUCUGCCCAAACCCAAAAGUGGUGGCAGCUCUGGAGCAGACGCAGGGGGAGCUGGCAGUAGCAGUGGUGGCACUAGCUCUCACUCCCAUUCGGGGAAAAAAACGGGACUUGACUGGAACAAGCUGAUCAAGCGGGCAUUGGAGGGGCUCCAUGAGAGCGGUGGAUCAAGCUUAAAGAACAUUGAGUGCUUUCUCAAAUGCCAGGCUGAUGUGGCGGCGUUCUUGUCAGGCAGCGGCUCAAUGGGCCCUGGCCUCUUCCACCAGCAGUUGAGGGUGGCCCUGAAGAGGGCAGUGGCCCAUGGGCGUGUGGCCAAGCAGGGUCCGCUGUUUGAGCUUGUCAGUCGCAACUGCUCCCAGGAUGAUGGGACCGGGACAGUGUCUCUAGAAUCACUACCACCUGUGCGCUUGCUCCCUCAUGAGAAAGACAAGCCUGUGGCCGAGCCCAUCCCCAUCUGCAGCUUCUGUUUGGGGACCAAGGAGCAGAAUCGCGAUAAAAAGCCAGAAGAGCUCAUCUCCUGUGCCGACUGUGGCAAUAGUGGCCACCCGUCUUGUCUCAAGUUCUCCCCGGAGCUCACAGCACGAGUCAAGGCUCUGUGGUGGCAGUGCAUCGAAUGCAAGACUUGCAGCAGCUGUCAGGAUCAAGGAAAGAAUGCGGACAACAUGUUGUUCUGUGACUCCUGUGACCGUGGCUUCCACAUGGAGUGUUGUGACCCUCCACUCACGCGGAUGCCGAAAGGCAUGUGGAUUUGUCAAAUCUGCCAACCCAGGAAAAAAGGAAAGAAACUUUUACAUGAAAAAGCAGCACAAAUCAAACGGCGCUACAACGCACCACUGGGGCGGCCCAAGAACAGGCCAGGCCGGCCCUUCAAAAAGCUAGUUGGGCGUGGUCGGCGGAAGCGCUCGACCUCAGCCAACUCAUCCUCCAGCUCCUCUUUCGAGGGUUAUCCUGGUGACGACCGGCUGCUUUUUUCGAUGCGGGAUGAUGACGAUAUGUCGCAGAGCAGCCUGCGCUUGAACAACAAGACCAAAGGCCUCAUUGAUGCCCUCACAAAGUUCUUCACACCUUCGCCUGAAGGCCGUAAGGCACGACAGGAAGUGGUGGACUACUCACAGCAGUGCCGCAUUCGAAAGAAAGCCAGUCGGAAAGAAGGAGAUGACAGGGGGGACAAUCAGGAAGGCAGUGACUGGCGUGAUGAUGAUGACAAACUGCCUGGCCAUGAGAGCCUGAUGGAAAAAGACAUUGAACUGUUCAGACACAUCCAGGAGUUGGCGCUACAGAAAGUUGGGGUGACAGGUCCACCGGAUCCUCAAAUGCGCUGUCCGUCAGUCAUCGAACUUGGCAAAUUUGAAAUCCAGACAUGGUAUUCAUCUCCUUACCCCCAGGAAUACAGCAGACUACCCAAGCUCUACCUGUGUGAGUUCUGCCUACGCUACAUGAAGAGUCGCAGCAUCCUCUACCAGCACAUGAAGAAGUGCAACUGGUUCCACCCCCCUGCCAACGAGAUCUACAGGAAAGACGACGUCUCUGUAUUUGAGGUUGAUGGGAACGUCAGCACAAUCUACUGUCAGAACCUGUGUCUCCUGGCCAAGCUGUUUCUGGACCACAAGACCCUGUACUAUGAUGUUGAGCCUUUCCUCUUUUAUGUCCUGACCCAGAAUGACAGCAAAGGUUGCCACCUCGUUGGCUACUUCUCCAAGGAAAAGCACUGUCAACAGAAAUACAACGUAUCAUGCAUCAUGAUUCUUCCACAGUACCAACGCAAGGGCUAUGGGCGCUUUCUCAUCGACUUCAGCUACUUAUUGUCCAAGCGCGAGGGCCAGCCAGGAUCUCCAGAGAAGCCACUGUCGGACCUAGGUCGGCUGUCUUACAUGGCCUAUUGGCGCAGUGUGGUACUGGAAUGUCUCCAUGAGGUCUGUGAUCGACAGAUCACCAUACGACAGCUUAGCAAACUGACAGGAAUCUGCCCCCAGGACAUCACCACCACUCUGCACAGCCUCAACAUGCUGGAACAGCGAGGAGACAGGCUGGUCCUGGUGCGAAAGGAGAAGCUGGUGGCUAGCCACAUGGCUCGUCUCAAGGCCCGGCCGCGGCAGCUGGAAGUCGACCCAGAGUGUCUCCGCUGGACUCCUGUCAUUGUAACCAAUGCCGUGGUCUCUGAUGCAGAUGGAGAUGAUGACGAGGAUGAUGAAGAACCAGAGGACGACAGCCCCAAGGAGAUCAAACAGAUUCACAAGGUGCCACCAAUGUCCUGGCACAUGCGCCAAGGGAAGCGAAGGGAUGAGGAGGAGGAGGAGGAGGAGGAGGAAGACGAAAGAAGAGGCUUCCUGGGGUUUCCCAUUGCCCAGAGCUCUCCAGCUUUUGCUCCUGUUCGCUGUCCACCUCCUGUCCCACAAGCACCACGACCGCCACCCCCAACAAAUGGAGAGCGCAGGCCACGGGGGCGACCACCCAAAAACUGGCCCUGGGGCAAGGUAAAGGACAGAUCACGGGUGGGACGGCCACCUAAGAUCCGCCAUGUGGAGGAUGAGGAUGAUGAAGAUGAGGAGGGAACAGAGGGAGGAAAAACCACAGGCUCUGCCAACAGCCCCCCCUCCCUUUUCUCCCUGGACAGACAAGCAGAGUCUACAGUCUUUCACUCACUGGACAUGGCCAGGCACCCCUCCAUAACCCCCACACGAAGAGGCCGGCCCCCAAGGAAAAAGAGAGGCCCUAAGCCCAGACUGAUGGAACCUGGAGAGGGACUGGUACAACUGCCUGUGAUUUCUAGAUUGAAUGAGUCUCUGUCUGUAACAAAGAGCUGCUUCAGUGAAAGCAGUGAGGAAGAGGAUGACGACGACGAUGAUGAUGAGAGGAGGGCAUGCUCCCCACCCAUCCUCACCAAGCCUGCCAUGGGACUCAAAUGCAAGAAGCCCCUGAGGAAACGUCGCUUUCGCCAGCGCAGCCACCCUCACAGCAGCGUGGUGACAGAGACCAUUUCUGAAACCACAGAGGUGCUGGAUGAGCCCUUUGUAGACUCAGACUCUGAAAGGCCUAUGCCCAGGCUGGAGGAGGAGAUGUCCCUGGGCCAUCCACUGCACCGCCAUCCCCCACUCCCUUCUGCUCUGAGGUUGUCAGACCCAGCACCCAAAAGGAGCCGACACACCAACCUCACAGAUUCAGAAGAAGAUGAGUUAACACCUCUGCUGAAGCCUGUUGCUGCUCUGUCAGCAACUCCAUCAGAGACUCUAGGAGGCAACUCUGAGGUCCCAAUCAAGAAGAAGAAAGGCUGGCCUAAGGGGAAGAGCCGCAAACCACUGCACUGGAAGAAACGGGGACCUGGAAAACCACCCAGUGGUGGGUCCGACCAGCGAGCAGCUUCAGACAGUCAGGCCCAAAGUGGGGAUCCUCCACCCCCCAAAAUCAAGAUGAAACCUGGCCGCAAGCCCCGGAGCUGGUACUUGCAGCGGGCCCAGGAGGAGGCAGAGCGGCAGGAGCAGGAAAGGCAAAGGUUGUUGUUGGAGCAGCAGCUGGACAAAGAUCCUCAGCUGCUCCAGACAGAUGACCGAAACAGCAAGCGUGUCUGCAGAAACAAUGCUAACAGAGACAACAAACAGAAGGACUCUGAUGAAGAAGAUGACUAUCUCCCUAAGCCUGUCGAGCAGAAGGUACCCAAAAGGCGAGGGAGACCGCCCAAGAACCGCACCCUAUGCCAGCCACCACAGCCUGCCCCCAAACCACCUGCCACAUCUGAGCCAGACGAGGAGGAAGAGGAGGAGGAGGAGGAGGAGGACGAGGAGGAGGAGACUGAAAGAGCCUGGGAGGAAGAAAAACCCAGCCGUCCACCAUCCCGUCCUCUGCUGUCCCCUUCUUCCUCCUCUUCCACCUCAGGGCCUCGGGCUCCACAGCCUCGGCCUCAUGAUACAGAUCUGGGUGACAGGGAAGAAGAUGACGAUGAUGACGAGAGGGAGGAGGAAGAAUGUGGCAGCAUGGGCAGCGGUGGUGGUAGUAUCAACAGGCGAACAGCAGUCAUGCCCAGUUCAGGAAGCAGGCGCAGUGAAGACCAUGAUGCAGAUGAUGAAGGUGACGGACACUUAGAGGACAAGACCAGCAGCAAGAAGAGAAAAAGUCAGGACUCUGAAGAUGAAGAUGAGGAUGAGGAAGAGGGGCCUUCCUCUCGUGUAGGCUCUCCUCCGGUCAAAGAAGAACCACAAGGUGGAGAGCCUUUUUUAGACAUGGAGAACAGUGUAGCCCAGGACUAUGUCAGCAAGCAGGAGGAGGAGGAAGAAGAGGAGGAGGAGGAGGCUGAGGAAGCAGUGCAGGAGUCCAAGUGUCGGCUAUCCUCAGGCGACCCACAGCAGGAGGAGAGGCGGCGCAGGGAGCAGGAAGAGUCUGCAGCUGCUGCAGCAGCAGUAGAAACAGUUACAGCCAUGUCUGUUCCCUCUGAGCCCAUGGAGCUCCAGCCUCUGCACCCAGAUGACAAAGACGUCACACUGUUGAUGGAACCCCCACACACACAUCCACACUCCCACCCUCACCAGCACCCUGACUUCAAAGAGGAGCUGAGCCACCAUCACCCACACCACCCCCAUCACCAUUCCAAUGAGCUGGACUUGGAGACUAUGCAGGCAGUCCAGUCCCUGACCCAGGGGGAGGCCCAGGAUGAAGAGACUGAACCGCAGCCACACCACGGGGCUUACCAGGACUGUGAGGAGACCCUAGCCGCCUGCCGAACCCUGCAAAGUUACAGCCACACAGGGGAGGCAGAGGAGGAGACCCUGGCCUUAGUGGAGGAGUGUGGGACCUCCCAGCACAGCAGCCCCGUCCCUAAUCCUCCAGUGCCAGCCCUAGCCAGUCAGUCUGUGCGUUCAGUAAACAGUCCAGGGUUACCCCCAGGCAUCAUCGACACAACACAAGCAGGACAGAGGGGAGGGACACCUGGCCCCACAGGAGCAGGAGGCAGUGGUGGCGGUGCUGGAGGGGGGUACACCCAGAUCACACCAGAACAUCCCAGUUCUCUAUCUGCCCCAUCCCAGCAGAACAUGGAGACAUCGCCAAUGAUGGAUGUGCCGUCUGUUUCAGACCACUCGCAGCAGGUGGUGGACAGUGGCUUCAGUGACCUGGGCAGUAUAGAGAGCACCACAGAGAACUAUGACAACCCCAGCAGUUAUGACUCCACCAUGGGCGGAGGGGGCAAUGGGACAGGGAAUAGCGGGAACGGAGGGGGAAUGGCUGCUGCUGUAGUUGCAGGAUCUUCCACAGCUUCCUCGUCAUCUGCCUCAUCCUCUUCCAGCUCGGCUACACCGUCCUCGUCCGCCCAGUCUAACAGCUGCUCCUUUGUGCCAGCCCCCAGCCUCACAUCCUCCACAGGAGCUGGCGGACCCCAGCUGGCGAUGGGCAGCUGUAGCCUCAUUCAGCAGGCAGGGCCAGGGCCCAACAACGGUCCAGGUGCCAGUGGUGUAGGUAGUGCUGUGCCCCAGCCUCCACCACCUCCACCGCCAUCCAACACGCCCAGCUGUGGUAUUAAGUCUCCUCAGAGCUGUGGUGUGAUUGAAAGGCCUCCUAGCACCAACCAGCAGCAGCAGCAGUCACAAAAGAAGGUUCCUCAGCAGCAAGCCCCCAACCCUCAGCCUCCACCCUCAGCACCACCACCACCUCAGCAACAACAGCAAGCCUUGUCCCAGUGUAGCAUGGGCAAUGGCUUUGCCUCCACGCCCAUGAUCAUGGAGAUCCCAGAGAGUGGAGGUGGGGGAGGGGGACGCACCCUCUAUGAGCGCAUGGGUCAGGACUUUGGCACAGGGGGCUACCCCCAGCCCUCAGCAACAUUCAGCCUGGCCAAACUCCAGCAGCUCACCAACACCAUCAUGGACCCCCAUGCCAUAUCCUACUCUCACUCAGCCUCUGUCACCUCCUACGCCACCAGCGUUUCUCUCUCCAAUCCUGGGCUGGCCCCUUCACCCCACACUCCCCUCCCUCAGGGCCAGCCCACUAUGACCCCACCUCCUAACCUUAGCUCUGGCUCCAUGAACCUGGGCUCUUUACAACUGCAGUGCAACAUGCCCACCACCAACAUUGGUCUGGGACCCCCGCCACACACCCAGAGGCUACAGGGCCAGAUGGCUACAGUCAAAGGCCAUAUUGCCAUCCGGUCCAAAGCCACUCAGCAGUUGGCCCCAGCCCCACAUCAGCAGCAGCUCUAUGGCCGCACCUCAGGGGCUGUGGCCAUGCAGGGCACGCCGCGCACUUUGGCUGUGCAGCGCGGCAUGAUGCCAAACCUCAUGCCCACACCGGCACCGUACAAUUCCAUGAACAUGGCACCCCUCAAUGCCAUGUCAGCUAGCUACCGAAUGCCCCAACCCAUGAUGAACAGUGGUUAUCAUGGUAAUCCCCCCUACAUGAAUCAGCCAGCUCAGUACCCCAUGCAGAUGCAGAUGGGCAUGAUGGGAGGGCAGGGUUACCCACAGCAACCUAUGCAGCCCAAUCACCAUGGUAACAUGAUGUACACUGGCCCCUCCCAUCACAGCUAUGCUGGUGUCCCAAAACAGUCACCCUAUAUGAGCAGAUGAGCGUCCAAGAACUGAGGAAGGAGACAUGGGGCCAGAGCUGAUACUCGCUGUACUCUAAAUGUCCAUUACUCCUGAUCACCCUCUCCGGUGCCUCAGUAGGCACCAGUGGGUGUAGGUGAUGGAGACAGAGAGGGUCUUUGGGUUUCCUGUUUUUAUCUGUUGUCAUUUUGUCCCUUUUUAUUUGGGCUCGUUUCCCUCCCCUCCCAGCUGGCUGUGUAUGGGAGCAAGUUGGUAGGAUUCGGGCUAAGUGUGUGUACAUGGACCUCAGCCGUGCUGCUUUGAGCCAGGUCUGCACAGCCCUCUGUUACAUGGUUUCACACAGGCCCAGGAGUCCCCUCCUCCUCAUUACGUGCAGGAGGAGAGUGGGGGAGGACAGAAUGAUGAGGAAGAUGCAGAGAAAGACAAUACAGGAAUACCUUGCUUUGUCAGACUGCAAAUGAAAAAACUGAUUAACUGAAUAUAUUCAAACAUGCACACAAUCUUUUAAUUGAUAUAGGAAGCCUUACCUUGAAAAAGAGACAAUGAAACAUUGUAGGCAAACUCUUUUUUGUUUUGUUAAACAUAAUAUUGAAUCUUAUUUUUGUUGUUGUUGUUUUUGUUUAUUGUUUUUUGAAAUAAUCGUGUGCAGUCCGACCUCCUAUAUGCUUUGGUCUUUAUAUGUGUGGCAUUCUGAAAUGGUGUUACACCCUCUUUCUCUCUCAGAAAAACCUGAACAUCUCUGUGGCCACUUGGUCAGACGGCUUUUCACUCAGUUCCAGAAAAGCGUAGGAGCGGGGCUUCCUGGUGUCGAGCUGUUUCCAGAGUCUCUGUCUUCCCAGAUGGACAGUGUUGUACCAAAAACACAAGCAAGACACAGAAGAGACAAACGCAUUUUAUGCCCAUAAAUGAAACAAAGUAGCAUUAUUUUACAGUUUUCCGCUUCUCUGAAAUAUUUAGAUGUAAAUAUUCAGGUACUUCCCAAGAUCCAGUGCACACACACACACACACACGCAAAUAUACACAGGCUAGCUGUCGCCAGUUGGUGGCUAGCUCAGGACAGUACAACAUCCAGCUGUCCACACUCCACUGGCAGACGGUGUAAAAUGUCAGCCUUUUUUAGCAGUUUAAGGAAUGCAGAACAAACAGCGGAACUUCCAUUUUACUGCUUUAAGGAAAGUCGGUUUACUAUAGCUGACCUCCCCUCCUUAAGUGUUUGUGACCCAAAGAGGUCGAGGAGUCUGCAUUUGAACGGUGUAUUCUGUUCACCUGUUGUUGUUGUUGUUGUUUUUUUUUUUCUGCAAAGUUCUGCACUCUCAUUGGCUAGAAAUAUGGCAGCAGAGAGUUGGCCUUUAUAGAAGGUGCACCUAAAUGCCUGAUCUAGUGCAUGGUUUGGUCCUCGUAUAGAGGCGCACAUAAAUGCAGGGUCGGAGAUGAGCAAGUGUGUCCAAGUCCUGCUUGUUAAGGCGUGAAACUGGCAGAGGUGAAACGGUUUGACCUUGUUGCUCCAUGUACCAGUAUUCAAAGUCAAAAGAGGAGUUUUUCAUUUUUCCUACAGACCUGACAUUGCAUACUUUAUUUGUGUGUAUUGUUCUGUUCUGUACUUUAUAUUCAUUUAGUUUCUUUCUGAAUUUUAUCAGACUGGGCAGCUUUCUUUUAUGACACAAGCUGACUCUUUUUGACUUUAGAGAACCUAUUGUAGAGAAAAUGUUUUUCUAUAAUAUAAAAGUAAAUUCUGACAUUGAUAUUGGUACUGUCAUUUUUUUCAAUUCUGUUUCAGGAAACAAAAAACUACAUAUUUUUUAGCUCGCCUCUUGGGUAAUAAUUACUAAGAAAUUCAAAAUUUAAAAAAAUUACCACUCACUUUUAGUGACUUUAAGACGCCUUUAACCUCUCCAUUCCAUCUCAUCUCUAGAGUUUUUCUAUCUUUGUGUAGUAUAUUAAUGCUAUUUUAAACAAAGGGACUACAAAUACCUAAAGGUCACUUGGCAUUCUUUUUUUUUUUUUUUUUUUUUUUUUUUUUUUUUUUUUUUCUUAUUUUUAUGUAUAGAAUGACUUCCUGACAUUUAAGAGGCAUGUAAAAAUAAGCUCAGUAUAUUUCUGUCUGUUUAUAUCGCUUCCCUUUUUGUAUCCUUUGUAAUUGUACAUGUUGCGUUGUAUGCUAAGAGAGGGCGCAAAUGAAAGAGGGGAGUGGGCAAGCUGGGCACUCAGUGAAGGUCGAUUUGCGCUCAGUGGCCUCAGCUCUACUCUGUUCCUGUAUGUAUUUCCUUUUAUUUGUUUUUUUUUCUUUCUUUCUUUCUUAGCAAGUACUUUCAAAGAACUCUGUACAUUUUAACAUAAAAUGAAAAUAAAUUAUGUUGAGCCAUUCAGGUUUCCCAUGAGAAUUUUU